AUGUCCGCCGUGCAAGCAGUGCAAAACUACGACUACCUGCGUCGCAAAGGCUCAGAAAAGUUCCCCUCGACGUCUGUCUCACGCAAGCCCGUCAGGUCACAGAGCGAGCGGCACAGCAACGGCACCGUAAACACCGUCAACUCAUCGACCGCGGACGAAUCCGUCGACACAACCAUCACCGAGCCGCCCGCGUUCUCCAAGAAGCUGGUGGUUGUCGGUGAUGGCGGGUGCGGGAAGACAUGUCUCUUGAUCAGCUACAGCCAAGGAUACUUCCCAGAAAAAUACGUGCCUACGGUUUUCGAGAACUACAUCACACACACACCUCAUCCACCAACCGGCAAGAUGGUCGAGCUCGCCCUCUGGGACACAGCCGGCCAAGAAGAGUACGACCGACUGCGCCCACUCUCCUACCCUGAAACCGACCUCCUCUUCGUCUGCUUCGCCAUCGACUGCCCGAACUCGUUAGAGAACGUCAUGGAUAAGUGGUACCCCGAAGUCCUGCACUUCUGCCCCACAACACCCAUCAUCCUCUGCGGUCUCAAGUCCGACCUCCGACACAAGAAAACCUGCAUUGACCUCCUCAAGACCCAAGGCCUGACACCCGUAACCCCCGAGCAAGGCAAAGCGGUCGCGCAGCGCAUGGGCGCCGUUUACAUGGAAUGCAGCGCGAAAGAGAUGAGCGGAGUUGACGAGAUCUUCGACACCGCCGUGACCAUGGCCGUGGGCGACGAGUACAAAGCGUCACCGUCCCUGGGUGCUGCGGGAGGCGGGAAGAAGGCCAAGAAGCGCAACUGUAGUAUUCUGUGA